AUAAAUAAGACUCCUUUUAUGCGCUCAACCCGAAGUCCUCCACACUCAGGACUGCUGCUCACAUCAGUGCCCAGCUGUGAGGUCCCAUGGGGAUGCACUGUGCUGGCACAAGUUCAUGCCACCUCUCAAUCACUGUCACUUGCACUGAGCAGGCAGUGCUGGUCAGGCUGUGAGCCACACUUGUGGGCUAUGUCUGUCCAUAGCUUUUGGGUGGACGUUGGGUGGUUGAUGGCAACAUCAUCAGGAGGAAUGCAAAUACAGUGCUGCAGCACUGGGUUUUCCUUAUCUAAGUCAACUCUUCCAGGGAUUUCUCACCUUCUUACAGCCUCUUUCCUUCCCCGUAGGGUGAUGGCGAACCUAUCAACACCUCCAGCCUGGACCAGAGUCAUCAACAGCUCCUUUGUUGCAGGCAGUGCUGACAACAACACCUACAGGUGUGUGUUUGAUGAGGACUUCAAGUAUGUCCUGCUGCCUGUCUCCUACGGCAUCGUGUGUGUGGUGGGGCUCUUCCUCAACCUGCUGGCCCUUUAUGGCUUCAUCUUUAGGAUCAAGACCUGGAAUGCCUCCACCACGUACAUGUUCAACCUGGCCGUGUCCGACACGCUCUACGUGGUCUCCCUGCCCCUCCUGGUGUAUUACUACGCCAUGGGGGACAACUGGCCCUUCGGAGUGGGUUUGUGCAAGAUAGUCCGCUUCUUGUUUUACACCAACCUCUACUGCAGCAUCCUCUUCCUCCUCUGCAUCAGCAUCCAUCGCUUCCUGGGCAUCUGCUACCCGCUGAAGUCCCUGCAGUGGGGACACGUCCGCUACGCCCGUAGGGUGUCUGUCAUCAUCUGGGUGGUGACCGUGGUUUGCCAAUUGCCCGUUCUCUUCUUUGUCACCACCAGCAUGAGACGUGGCACCAUCACCUGCCACGACACAUCCAGCAAGGACCUCUUCGGCCAGUUUGUCAUUUACAGCUCGGUGAUGAUGGUGCUUCUCUUCUGUAUCCCCUUCCUCAUCAUCAUCGUCUGCUACUGCCUCAUGGCCCGCAGGCUGUUGCAGCCUACACGGGGCAUGUCCCGGCUCUCCCGAUCCAAAAAGAAGUCGGUCAAGAUGAUAAUCAUUGUCCUGGUGGUCUUCAGCGUUUGCUUUCUUCCUUUCCACGUCACUCGUUCCUUGUACUACUCCUUCCGGAGCUGGGACUUGAGCUGUCAGACCCUCAAUGCUAUAAAUUUAGCCUAUAAGGUGACCCGGCCCCUAGCCAGCACCAACAGCUGCUUGGAUCCCGUACUGUAUUUCUUAGCAGGACAAAGAUUUAUGAAGCUCACAGGUAACAAAAUCCCAUGGAAGCCUCAAAAUGAGAUGGCAAUGGGGACUGUGCCCAACGGUCCCCUGGGAACCAGCAAUGACACGGACACGACGUCCAAGGAAAUGAAAUCCUAGCUCUGCCCCACACCCUGUGGCAGUGGAAGGGUUCAUCCCACGUGUGAUGGGAGGUGAGGAUGCUUCAGGGCCAGAGGCCUAUGGUGUUUGCAGUGCCUUGGCUCCCAUGAGUAUUGCUGUUUGUGGCAUGCAUUUUCAGGGAGGUGACACCAUGGUGAUGGGGACAGGCACCGUCCCUUUGCCUCUUUCCCUGCCUGUUCAUCAACAUGUGGCCCCUCCCCAGAGGUCAGCCCGAGUGACCUUCCAGCGUGGUUGCAAAAUCUGCUAAAAUUCACACCCUGGAUGCCUUAGACUGUUUUCUAAAGAAGAAAACGCUACGUGCAAAAAGCCCCAUGGAGAAAUCAGCCUGCUUCCCUCCAGGUUCCCUGGCACAUAAGGAGCGUGCGUUUAUCAGAAGUCUUUCCAUGCCUUGGCAAGGGAAAAAAGACUUUUGAUUCAUGGGGAGUGUCAGCUGUGGUUGUGAUAAACAGGUUGAUAAAAGGUCAAGUGCAAACACUGCCUGCGGUGGGGACGGGACGCCCGCUGCUUUGCAUCCCUGGGGAAAUAAUCUUGGAAUCAUGAAGGUUGGAAGAGCCCUCCAAGAUCCCCAGUUCCAACCCCAGCCCACCCCACCACAGCUCUCAGUGCCCCGUGGGCCCCUUUCCUGAGCACCUACCACCUCACUGGGCAGCCUGUGCCAACGCAUUGCCACUCUUUCAAAUACUUUUUUCCUGUGUUCCAACCUGAACCCCCUCUCUGCUGCAACUUGAGGCCAUCACCUCCCAUCCUAUCACUGUUACCUGGGAGAAGAGAUUGACCCCCACUCAUCACCACCUCCAUUCAGAGCUAAUGCUCUCCCAACUCCAGCCCCUUUCUGAAGGAUUCUCAUUAAAAGGGGUGCUGGUGGGGAGCACUCUCCAUCCCACUGGGAUGCACUGAUACUAUUAAGCUGGUCCUCAAUUUCUCCGGUGAGGUCAACAUCACAGGGAACCAAUGGUGUUUCCCAACAGCAACAUUCAUGUCUGAAAAUCUUGUAGGAACCAGUAGCUCUCUCCGUGCUGCUGCCUUUAAUAGUCACCUCCAGCUCUGUGAAAGUGAGGGUGAGCUCUCUGUGCCUUGUUUUUGAUCAUCUUACAGGCAUCUCAUGGUUCCAGCAAAGUGGUGAAGACCAUUGCCCAUUCCAUUGGUUCAGUAUUGAUGCAUCCUAUCACUAUUCCCCAUUGUUGCUCAGAGACGUGGUGGAUGCUCCAUCUCUGGAGACUUUCAAGGCGAGGCUGGAUCAGGCUCUGGGCAACCUGAUCUACUUGUCCAUGUCUGUGUUCAUUGCAGGGAAUUUGGACUGGAUGGCCUUUAGAAGUCUUUCCCAACUUUAACGGUUCUAUGAUUCUAUGACUGUCCCACUUGGAGAUACUUGACAUAUCCCAUACUGACAGCGUGGGCCUCCAUAGGGAAAUAUGGCAGUGCUGACUCUGCUUUUAGGAGCCAUGCCUGUAAACACGGUGCUGAGCUUAACGCCAGCCCUGUGUGGAUGUGGGCUUGCAUCCCCAUCCCCACCAGUUCAAAGUCAGCUGGAGGAAAGAGCCACCAAACCCUCCACCAGAAGGUCCCCGUGGCCCUUCUCUCCCAUUGCUGGGUUAAGAACUGGAGAGCCCAGACGCGCGGUUUCCUGGCCCAGCCCUGCCACGAGGAUGCUGAUUCCUCACCCCCAAAGAUGAAAAUUGCUCCUUCUGCAGAACUGGUUGAGUCCUAUUUCAUAAAAAUGGCCCAGGCUCUAUUUUAGGGUUAGACAAACACUUUUGGUCCCAGUUUAGACUGAUUCCUCAAACCUCUUAGUUUCUCCCAACCCUCCUGCCUAUGAAGUGGCUUGGUGGGGGUAAGGACACAGAGAUAAAGAAAUAACUCGGACAUUCCUGUGGCCUCAGCUUGGUGGAAUUGUGGUCCCAUGGAGGGCUCUUGUCCUGACCCACAAUAUCACCGCCACAGAAGACAAAGGAGAGGACUGUCUCCAUGCUGAGCACCAUCAGCAAAGAAAAACAGCGUUUGUAGGGUGAGUCAUCUCACCCUGGAGAGGAUUGUCAGGGGGGUUGGGUUAAGAUAGGCGUUGCACCUUUUUCUCCCCGUGGAGCUUCAUGGGAAAGGUUAUUACAGGCAGUCACUGAGAUGAGACAAAUAAUAGAGUAAUCACAGAAUCAUAGGAUGGCCUGGGUUGAAAAGGACCACAGUGAUCAUCUCGUUUCAACCCCCUGCUGUGUGCAGGGUCGCCGACCACCAGACCAGGCUGCCCAGAGCCACAUCCAUGAAUCCAAGUGAAGCACUAGGCUGCUAAGAACCUUUCUCCGGGCCAGAUCUUGCCUGCUCACCCAACACUGCCCAAAAGCAGAGUGAGCACCGAGCUACGUGCUCUGAGUAACUCAAUAAACCACGCUCCCAGCUCUCUCCUUCGCCCCGUUGGCACUCCCACCCUCAUCACCACCACCGCUGUUGGGGUCCAACACAGUUCAGGUGGAGAGCUGAUGGAGAGGGCCCAACUGGAAUUGUACAUACAGGUUUUGUGUUCGUUUGUCAAAGCACUAACUUAUACACACAAAGAAGUGGGUUUCGUGAUAAUAGCUGUACAUUUUUAUUUUUGUAACACGCAGACAUUUCCUAGAGUGAAUAAAUAUAUUUCUAUUGUGAGCGCUCUUCUGCCAUCGCCUCCAAUGUGUAUGGAGAAGAGGAGGGUUCCAGGGGUAGGGGCUGAAUGUUGUAGAUAUGUUCUGUAGAUGUGUUUUGUAGAUAUCUUUUGAGCUCCAUAUGCACUCAGAUCCAGGAGGGUGAGAUCCAACCCGUGUGCUCUGCAAUAGGUACCUCCAGCAGCGAAGCUGUCGAGUCCACAGAGGAGCACACAACUUUUGGUUGUACCACAUCCAUCCCCACAGCCCUGGCAGGCAGCUUCUCCAAGGCUUCUACUGUUGAAGACCAGAAGUUCUCAGGUUCAUUUCUCCUAAAUCACAUUCUUUCCCCUUCACCCAGCUGCUCGUGGGGCCACCAACAGCUCGUGCUGGAGUGAAGCCUCUUCUUCUCAGAAAUUUCCCCUUUUCCUCUGCAGAAACCAAGCGAGGGGGUUCCCAAUGCUUAACCACAGCCCUCAUGAGAAAAGUCCUUUUGUUUCUCCACUGCAGUUCAUCCUCUGCUCUGUACCCAGCCCGGCGUUCGCUGUGUGUCCGUGCUCAGGAUGCAUCCAUGCCAUUGGAUGAAUGUAUUGCAGGCUGCAAUCAGACCAUAUUGAAAUCUGCCUGGCAAUAACCCAGGCAGCUCAAAUCCCUUCGCUCUCAUCCUCAUUCCAAUUUCUUCAGCCUUGAGAUUAAUUCUGCUCCUUUUCACAUUGCCUGGUCUUCUAGCACUAUCACAGUGACAUUUGCAGGAAUGGGAUCCCAUGGAAAACGCUCUGCUUUCAGUUUUCUUUCCUUUACAAAACUUCCCAGCCCUUGCAGUCGCUGAAGCGGCAAAACUCAAAAGCUUACACCCAGAGGAAGAGCUGCAAGGAGUGAAUCAAUUAUCCAGUGCAGAAUCUACGUUCUAACAUCCUGCUUGACUUCCAGCCCAGGUUUGAGACUCUCACCCCAAGGCGAAAGCCACGAGGAUGGAGCACAUGCCCAGCUUUCACUUGUGGGCUCUCCUGCAUCACGCCCAAGCGUUUCGUGCCCUGACUCUUCUGCAGCCAAUGCCAGCACUGACUCGUGUGAGUCACUCAAACCCAGGAACGAAAGUUAAGCAAGAACAACGCGCGCAGAAGCACAGAGGUUGUGGAGUUAUUUCAGAGAAACAAAGAAAAACCAGAAAACCCACUUUUUGUAAGUGCCUCUUGGCGCUGGGAGCAGGAAGAGAAAGUUGAGAGUGCUGCUGGUCUCCUGCCAAGCCAACCCAUCUCCCCACGGCGUGGGUGGAGGCACGAGCUCCUUGUCUUUCUGCAGACCGUCCCAGCAUCCAGGCUCUUCCUUCCCUCCGUGUCCCUUCCGUUGGCAGAGUCAGCCAUAUCAUUACCAUGAGCCACUUGGUGUGUCCGUUUCUCAAAGGGGGGAGCCCUGGCUUCAUUUGCCCUCUGGUUUUCCUGUUUGAGGCUGAAUUUUUCUAAGGAUCAAAGCUGUUUGUCUCCCCUCACCCCAAGUCGUUUCUGAACCCAUUAGCCGUGUUGUUGAACUCCAGCCUCGAGCUGGAAGGGACCCAUCAUAGAAUUAUAGAAUUGGUCAGGUUGGAAAAGACCUUCAGGAUCAUCAAGUCCGACCACAACCAUGAUCACUGACCCCAACCUACAGCCCCACACAGCAUCCCCGAGCCCCAGCCCUAUGGCUCAGAGCAGUGUCCCAGCACUCCCUGAGCAAUGACCAACGAUGCCAUGACCAGUGAUGAGUGGGGAAAGGUGGUAGGUGGUGUCCCAAAGUUCAGUCGAAAUAUCUUCUUUUUUUCACUUUCUGGGAUCCAACAGUCUUUGGCUUCUCCAGAUGAGGUGGAUGGGGCAGCCCCAAAGGAGGAUCCCUCAGCAUUUCCUUCAAAAUGGAGCGAGAUGUUAGAGGGUUUUCGUGCUGAAGUAUCCCACAGCUUUCAGAGCUGAAGGAAACAGUUUAAAGAAUGGAGAUGGGUGUAAAUAAAUAACUAACUAAAUUAAUAGAAAAGAAAAUGGAAGAAAAAGAGAGGAUGUGAAAAGAGGGAAGUUUGGGGCUCAAACACAGCUCCACAGCUCGGAGCCUCUACGAUAUGGUAACCUGAAGGAAAGGAAGAAAAUAUCAUUAGGUUCCACGCUCCCAUCUGAACAACUGUUUAAAAAGGGAAUUAAAUGGAAAAAAUUCCUCCCCCUCAAUCUAUCCUCUUUUCCCUCUUUAUCUCUUGCUCUAUCCAGUCUGGGGCUGUUAGAACACCAAUUAAUCCAAAAAGGAAGAUUUAUCCACUGAAAGGGAGAGGCUGGGCUCUGCAGAGUCAGAGGACAGCCUGCUUGCAGCCCUGAAAACAGUGCAAUAAAACCCUUUUAUUACCCUUUCCAGGUUGGGACAUGCGGGGUGGGAGCCCAUUCAGCCCCUGCAGCUGUAAUGCAUGUGUGCCACUCCUCUCUUUCUGCGUCAUUUGGGUUUAAUCACUGACAUCUCCAAGGUCUUCCACCAGGCCCCGUGCAGCCAGCUGGAACCUCAGCUGGAAAUCCCGUUUUUCCCCAAAUUCAGGGGUCUAAUCUUUAUGGUUUGAGGGUAUCUUAGUGUUCCCAUUGGGUUUUGGUGGGGCUUGGAAGUAGGGCUGUGGGAUGCUGCCUUUUCUCAGGGGGUUCUUUACAAUGAGUGAUGACUGCAGAGGAGUGGGAUCCAGAAGGGGGUUUCCUCCUCAUUAUCCCCUGAUUUUUUAAUACUGAAUCCAUCUUCAGCUGAGUCCUCAGCUGACACCAAUAGGAUGUGUCAGUGGGGAGCUGGGGGUCCCCAAGGAGCUGCCUUGCAGUCACCAUCUGCCCUGUGCCCAUUGUCUGCCAUGAUGUCAUCCAUUAUCUGGAUGGCCAUCACCCGCUGUGAAGUUCUCAUCCACCUUAAGGUCCUCGGCUGCCUUGGUGUCCCCAGCUGCCUUGUCCUCAUCAUCCCUAUGGUCAUCAUCUGCCUUGAUGUCAUCCAUCAUCCAUCAUACACGUGGCCAUCGCCUACCGUGAGGUCGUCACCUGCUGUGUGUUGUCACCUGCCUCGAUGUCACCACCUGCCUUCCAUCCAGCCAGUCCCCCAUUCUCCAGCUCCAUCCCUGCCCACUGCAUGGAGGCUCGAUGGUCCUUCAAUUUCCUUUUUCUCAUCACAGUAGGAGCAAGCAGGCUGAGAUUUAACAAUAACGGAGGCCACGGUUUGGGAGGCAUCCCUAUCACCACACUGCCAGCAGUGUCAGCUGGAGCUUCCCCAGACCCACCCAGUGCCAGAUGCAAACGGAUUCCUGAAUGCUGCAGCAGCCCAAAAUCCAUAGGAAAUUGCCAAGGAAAAUCUGAAAGCCCCACAGCAGCACCCCCUGCUGCUCCCCAUCUGCUCUUCAUUAGAUAAAUGAGUUGUGGUCUCCCACCCGGGUGGCCCCGGCUCAGGGACCCCCCUGCAGCAACUGGAGUGAUGAGUUGGGGUUGGGAUCAAGGCUGGUGCUUCCAAAAUCUGGGGUUCAGCUCCAGUUGAACCCAUAGGGAUGGUGCCCCCGGCCAGCUCUGCCCACAUCCCACAUCCCCAGCUCCAGCUUGUGAUUAAUACCUCACUGGUCUGAACCUCAUUCAGACUUUCUGGGAUAAUUUCCUAGAAAUUUAUCAUUCCUCUGCCAGCAAUGCUUCCCAGAUGUUGCAAACCAGCUCUGUGUUGUCUGGCCCUGCAGCACAAAUUGCAGCACGUUGCUACAACCCCUUCCAAUACAGAAACUGGAACCAUUGGGUUUGUGUCUGGUGGGUUCUGUGUUGGACUCAGUGAUCCCUGUGGAUCCCUUCCACCUCCAGAUAUUCUGUCAUUCUCUGGUCCUAUAAAUUGUUGUAAAAUUUGCAGUGGCUGCUCUUCUUCCUGAUGCCCGUAGGUGGAGAAAGAGAGCUUCACGCCUUCGGGGUUUCCUUUACAGAGCUCAGCUCAGUAGGGUGCAUGGUGCUCUGGGCUCUGUCCCAUCAGGAGCCUGGUUUGGGAGAUCCAACCCCUGUUCAGACAAAGAUGUUGGCCUGCAUAAAGCUCCACACCCCCAGGGCAAGGGUGGCUCCUCCAGGAGACCACGUAUCCUCGAGAGAGACUUGAGAUGCUGCGUGAACCGUGACCCCAGGAUAUACAGUGAGCAUGGGAUGAGCAAACACUGUGCAGGUCCGUGACAGCCCAGGACACAUUUUCUGCCCUGGGGUAGCACAUCCUGUAGGGUUAAUGCCUUUCUACCUCGAUAUAGGUGGCCUCAUCCAAUCCAAUGGCAGGCAUCCCAAAACGGAGCUCUUCCAGGGAGCCCAACUCCAAGUCAUGAGGAGGAUGGCCCCAUCGAAUGCUGCUCUCUGGGUGAUGGGAUGGCCCCAUCACCACUGCUCAGGAAUAUCUCCACACAGCCCCGGUGUUCUGCAGGCAUUCACCCACUACGACCCAACCUCCUUGGCCAUUACUGACCGUACCCACACCCACCCGGGGCUGACCCAUCCCCAAGCCAAAAACGUCCAUGUUGAUCACUGGAGAUGACUUGAGGGGAACAGUUUCAACUCCAGAACAAUGGCAGACAUCAUUGUUUUGGGAGAUCUGUUAUUUUUUUUCUCUCAGAACAAAGUUGUUGGUUUGAGAAGAGCAGAAGAGUUCCACGAUUCAAACCAAACCAAAAUAAGGAAGGGUUAAAGAACCAGACAGAAACUAUUUUCUUUGACCUCCUGUUGACCGGGAUCGUUUUUUCCUCCCAAAUUUUGGUUCAGCCACCCAGUCGAAAAAUAUCUCCUGUCCCAGCCUGUGGGUUUCAGCCUGGCCCCAGUUAAUGCACGGAUUGUGCAAAGGGUGGACGCAUGCUCUCUGCCAACCCUGCAUGACUUUGUUGCUUCGUUGUGCUGCCAAUAAAGCAUUCACAAAAGCAGUGCUUGAGGCCAACCGUGAAAAAUAAAGCAAUCCUUGCCCAGGAAGAGCAAAUGUUUACCUUGCACGCUGCAAGCUGACUCCGGGUGAUCUCAGGUGGUUUAAUAACACUGAAAAGGGCUUUUGUGCUUCUUGGUGUGAUGGAAGAUGAGCUGCAGUGGUUGUCACAUCUGUGUGCUGUCCCUUGGAAUUGUCCAUUUGGGUCUUGGACCGCACUUCUGAGGAGGAUCCUCAUUCCCCCUUGGGGCUCACCAGCUCUUUGCUGUGGACUUUGGUUCCUCCUACUCUUUACAAGUUGGUCCCCAAAAUCUAUCCUGCACAUUUUACAUUCAGUUUGCCACCUUUGAGCACUGAUGGAGCUGUGGGUGCUCCGUGGGACCAGAUGGCCUCUAAGUCCCUUCCAACUCAAACCAUUCUAUGAUUCUAUGUUUACCUCCUUCCAUAUCUCCCCUCUCGGACACCGUGUGGACUUUCUGCUGGUUUUCAUCCUUCCAGUGACAAUUUUCACCCUACUUUUAGUGCGGGCUGCUCUGAAGAACCAUUGCAAAACAGUGCUUCCUUGGUCCACUUCCACAUUUAAUCUUCAGGAUAGACAUCUAAUUUCAAGAAGCAUCCCCAUUUCUCUGAAAUUCCCCUUUCAGCUGUUGAUUUCUGCAGUAGGACCUUUUUUUUUUUUCCUUCACUGCAAGUGUCUUGUAGUCAACAAACUUCCUCUGCUGUAUCUGUACUGCUAACCACAGCCUGGACAGAGCUUAGCCCAUGGCAGCUCAAACCCACCAGGACAACACUCAAGCACGGUCUGCCCAAUGGCUUGGACACACCGAUGUCCUCUCCAACGAUGGAGUUCUUCUCCAAGAUAAAUGAUGAUAGGACAGGAGGUGAUGGCCUCAAGUUGUGUCAGUGGAGGGUCAGAUUGGAUAUUAGAAGCAAUUUCCUCUCCAAAGAGUGUUUGGGCACUGGCACAGGCUGAUCAGAGGGGUGAGGGAGUCACCAUCUCUGGGGAUGUACCAGAACCAUGGAGAUGUGGCACUGAGGAACUCGGUCAGUGGGCAUGGUGGAGUGUGUUGGGGUUGGAUGUGGGGACCUUAGAGGUCUUUUCCAACCUUCAUGAUUCUAUCAUUCUCUGAUUUCAAGACCUAAGAGCUUUAAAGAAGGCGCCAUAUACAGAAAGGCAUCUUCUACAGGGAAAAGCCCACAGCAUCCUGCUGCAGACCCACUUGGGGGACCAGCUCCAUCACUGACUGUCCCAAGGAGAGAGGGGGAAUGAUGGUGACUCAACAGCAGAAGUUAUUGUAGAAAAUAUACUUUUUUUUCAGCUAUACUGUGUU